AUGGAUAUUUAUGGCGAAAAUAAAACAAUAAUUGAAGCAUUACAACCAAAUGUAACAGUAAUAAGUGGUCAAAAAGCAAUUUUAACAUGUAUAUUUGAUAGUAUAAAUCAAGAUUUAUCACUUUUAUCAUCACAUCAAUUAAUAUGGAUUCGACAAAGUCAUGCAUCUUAUGAUGCUGAUUUAAUUUUAGCACAUAAUCAAGAUUUAUUAAUAUCAGAUGAUCGUUUAAAUAUUCAACGUAAUCAUAUUGAUUAUACAUUAACAAUAAUUGAUGUUAAAAUUGAUGAUGAAGGAAUUUAUAUAUGUGAAGUAAAUACACAACCACCAACAAAAGCAAUUAUUUAUUUAAAUGUUCAAGAUCAUGCAAAAUGA